AACGCGGGCAAAACAAAUCCCUAUCUCCCGCCAAGCCAUUUACCGCGAUAUUAUUUCUUCACACAGCCCAGCCCCCAAUAAGGUUGAAACAGCUCGCAGAAAAAUUUCACCUAAAGCAUACAUCUUUCUCUCUCUAAGAACCCUUCUCGGCUUCAGUAAGGUGGGCUUCGGAUCUACCCACCACGAUUCGAUUACUUGCGGUUUGUAUAUGUAGCUUGAUUUCAAUUUUCUUCAUUUAGCUUCGAUUGCUGUGGAAUAUCAGGGAUUUAGCUGCUUCGCGCUUGCUUUUCGAAUCUGACUUUUUGAUUGUUUUGGCUGUUUGCAUUGCUGGCCUACCACCACAUUGUUGGCGGUUUAAGUGUGUUGAGAAGCGAGAGAAAGUUACGAUUUUUUCGGCAAUCAUGGAAUUAAGGAGAUGUGGUCACGAACAUUUCAUCCAAGCUAUAAGAGCCGGUGUUGUAAUUAAAGUUCUCAAUAUGAAUCAUCGGAGGCAAGAUUUUUCUUUCAAACUAUUGAAGGACGUAUGUGAGAGUAUAGAUGCCAAAGCACCAACACAACAUACUACAACAAACAACAAUAAUGUAAAUGCCUAUUUGCCAGUUGAUCGGACAUUACGAGAAGUAAAAGCGGAACCAGAUGAGUUUGUUCCUGAUUCCAGUGCACUGGAAAAUGAUUUGGAUGAUGCGACGACGUUGAGGCAGCUUAAAGAUAGAUUCAUGAAGAGGAAAAGAAAAUCUAGUCAUACUGAUGAGCAUUUCAAGCCGGUAAAUGCAGAAGUGGAUACGACUCUGAGGGAAAUAAAAUCUGAAAAAGAUGAAUCUGUUCCACAUCCAGACCAUGGUUUGGUCAGUGACUUGGAUGAUAGCAUCACAUUGAAACAGCUUAAAAAAAGGUUUCAUAGGAAGAAUCGAAAAUCUGGCAUUCCUGAGGAACACUCUACGUUGUCAUAUUCAAAUGAGAGUUCUGUUGGAAAUGGAUCCAAUCUUAGUGAGCCCACUAUCGUUCUGGAAUCAAAGAAUUCGAGGGAAUCAAAGGCCAAAAAGGAAUACAUGACUGGAAGUGUUGCUUCCUCCUCAACCUCUAUCAUGAAUACAAAAUCUCAACUGAAUUUUGUUUCUGAAGGUUCUCAGCUAGUUGGUAGUGACUUGACUCCAAAUAUUCCUGUCAAAGAUGAGGAUGAUGCUAUGGAACUGGAAAUCCCAAAGGAAACUUCCGUUUCUGGUGAACCAUCCUGUUGCAGUGUUGAGGUGCCAUGUCGUGAAGUAUCAAGUGAUAUCCAGACCAUAAAAGUGCAACCUGAAACAAGAGAACCACUGUCCCCUCUAGACGGAUGCCAAAAUUGUGUAACUAAUAAGAUCUCCUAUGAUAAUUUGUUGGACAUUGAGCCUAUCUCUAUGUUUGAUCCUUCAGAUGGCACAAAUGAUGCUUCGGAAAAUACAGAAUUGCUCUGCCAUGAGGUGCUGGAAGAAAUAUCCGAGCAAAAUAGUAGUUCUUGUGUGUCAAAUAUUGAUAUGGGAGGUUUGACAUGUGAGCAAGAUUAUUCUCUAAGUAGCCUAAACAAGAACUGCAGCCCUUCCCGAAUUUCUGUUAAUUCCUUGAAGGCUGAUGAAACAUUAGUUCCAUUGGCUGUACCGGAUGAACAGCACCCAUUGACAUGUACCUUGGAUGACAUGACAGAAAGUGGCUUGACCUGUAGAAGUAGCAUGAAUGAUCUAUUGAUGGAUGAGAAGCAAGCUUUGGAAUCUCUGAACGCUUAUAAUGAAUGUCGGUCUUUUCCAAAGAACCAAAGCUUGGAUUGUGUGGAUAUGGAUUCAACGAUAGAAUCCUGUCGGCCUCCGGAAAGGCUUCUUUCUACACGAAAGGCAAUCUCUCCUUCUUCUCAAGAGAGAUUAUGCUCGGCGAUGAAAUCAGAUGAUGACCUUUGCAAUGGUGCUGGCCAAUAUAUUGGUUCUGAACACAAGGAGCAGCUCCAUGUAGUGGAAGCUGCAAAGAAAGAUUCAUCUGCAAGAUCAGAUAUCCACCAUGCUAAAAGAGCUGUUAAUCAUGUAGGGAAUGGGCAUAUUAGACAGAGAAAGAUCUACAUUAGUCCCAGACACAUUGUAAAGAAGUCUCUCAAAUCCAAAGUCAACCUUGAGGGUCCUCGUUACUCUCGCGUCCUACCUAACAUUAGUACUGAGUGUACAUCCAUUCAAGGUUGUUCUGAGAGCGCUAUCGCAUUUUCACAGAGGCAGAUGCAAGACAUGGAGUCUCUUACAUUUAAGCUGAUGGAUGAGUUGGACUCAAUGAAGUCCAUUGUUGAACAAAAGUUGCUUUUUGAAGCAUACAGAAAUGUUUCCUUGAAAAGUGAUGCAGAUGAGGUGAAAUCAGCAAUCAAUAGUGCUUCAAAAAUGGAGGAAACAGCACGCAAGUGGCUGUCCACAAUGACCCGUGACUGCAGACGAUUUUGUACAAUAAUGAAACUGACUCCAAACAACAGCCCAGACUCCAAAGGUGCUGCUUCAAGAGAGAGGAGAAAGAUUGUGUUUGCAGACGAAGCUGGUGGGAAGCUAUGUCAUAUCAAGUAUUUUGAAGUUGGUGGGGACACCCUAAAACAGUAAGCUCUCUCGAAAUAGUUUUUUUUUUUUUUAGGGAAUAUCAUAUAAAUGUACACUUUUCGUUGAUCAGAUUAGAGAAAGACUGACUGAGUGGUCGAUUUUUUCGCCUGUUGGUUUGUAUUAUCAAGUACGAAGAGUGUUAUAUAUACUAUUCCAUGUAACAAUUUCGUUAUUGGCGUCAUGUCGUGUGUAUGUAUCGACUUUAAUUUGCCAAGCUUUUCUUGUGGUGGUUUUGUGAGGGCGGAGGCACCAUUUAGCCAUGCCUCGAACCCAAAGAUUUUGGUGUUAACGAACAAAAUGUACAUCACGUACGAUGAAUUCAAGAUGGA